AUGGUUAAAGCUGUUGUUGCUGGAGCCUCUGGCGGUAUUGGCCAGCCUUUGUCCCUCCUUCUGAAGCUCUCACCCCUCGUCGACGAGCUUGCCCUUUACGAUGUCGUCAACACACCCGGUGUUGCUACCGAUCUCUCUCACAUCUCCUCGACCGCUAAAGUAACAGGUUACCUACCCAAGGAUGAGGGUGGAAAGGCUGCUUUCAAGGAUGCUGAUAUCAUUGUCAUCCCCGCCGGUAUUCCCCGUAAGCCCGGUAUGAGCCGUGAUGACCUUUUCAACAUCAACGCUGGAAUCGUCAAGGGUCUGAUUGAGAUUGCUGCCGAGGUUGCCCCCAAGGCCUACAUCCUUGUCAUAUCCAACCCUGUCAACUCUACUGUCCCCAUCGCUGCAGAAACCCUGAAGGCGAAGGGUGUCUUCAACCCCCAGAAGCUAUUCGGUGUCACCACCCUAGACAUCGUCCGUGCCGAGACCUUCGUCGCUGAGAUUGGCGGCAAGAAGACCGGCUCUGAAUUAACCGUCCCCGUCAUUGGUGGUCACUCCGGAGCGACCAUCGUCCCUCUCUUCAGCAAGAUCAGCCCUAGCGUAACGAUCCCGGAUGACAAGUACGAUGCUCUUGUCAACCGUGUUCAGUUUGGUGGUGACGAGGUCGUUCAGGCCAAGGAUGGUGCUGGCUCCGCCACCCUAUCCAUGGCUUUUGCUGGAUUCCGUUUCGCGGAGAAGCUUUUGAAGGCGGCUAAGGGCGAGAAGGGUCUUGUUGAGCCUACCUUUGUCUAUCUACCUGGUGUACCUGGCGGUGAAGAAGUUGCGAAGGCGACCGGCCUGGACUUCUUCUCCGUACCCGUUGAGCUCGGACCCAAUGGUGUCGAGAAGGCCACCAACCCGUUGGCUGGUAUCACCGAGAAGGAGAAGUCUCUGGUAGACAUCGCGAUCAAGGACCUAAAGGGCAACAUCGAGAAGGGUGUCACUUUUGCCCACAACCCCCCUCAAAAGUAA